UAUGAUACUUAGACAUAUCAUUUACUCCGUUUUGACCUACGACACAACAUAAGUAUUCACUGGCUGAAUCUGACAGUAGUUUCACUUUUAUUUUAUUUUUUUUUUAUGAUUUAUAAAUAUUGAGAUUACUAAAAAAAUAUAUAAAAAUGCUGAAAUUAACUGGAGGUAUUAAAAAUGCUGUUAGAAAUUUCACUUCAUCAAGAGUAUUAAAUGCUACACCAAAAAUAGCUGUACUUCAAGAAGCUGCACUUGAAGAAAGAUGCAUACUUGUUGAUGAGAAUGAUCGUCAAAUUGGUAAUGCAACAAAACGAGAUUGUCAUAAAAUUGAUGAAAAUAAAAAUAUACCACUACAUCGUGCAUUUAGUGUUUUUUUAUUUAAUCAAAAAGGUGAUUUAUUACUACAAAAACGUUCAUCUUCAAAGAUAACAUUUCCUGGUUAUUAUACAAAUACCUGUUGUAGUCAUCCACUUGAUGAAAUACCUGGUGAAACAGAUGAAAAUAAUGCAAUUGGAAUAAAACGAGCAGCUAGAAGACGAUUAACUCAUGAACUUGGUAUACCAUCAAGUGAAAUUGAUGUUAAUGAAUUUUUUUAUUUAUCAAGAAUUCAUUAUAAAGCAAUGGGUCAUGAUGAUAUUUGGGGAGAGCAUGAGAUUGAUUAUAUAUUAUUUUUGAAAAAAAAUAAAAUAACUAUUAAUCCGAAUGUAGAUGAGGUCAGUGAUAUACAAUGGGUAUCACUUGAUAAAAUUAAUGAAUUUACAAGUAAAUGUGAUGCACCAUUGACACCAUGGUUUCAACUUAUUCUUACAAAUAAAUUAAAAUAUUGGUGGGAAAAUUUGGAUAAUCUUGAAAAAGUACAAGAUCAUAAAAAUAUUCAAAGAUUUUAGUGUAUAUUAUAACAAUAUAAAACUAUAUUUUUUUAAAUUAAAUAAUUUUUAUAAAAUUAAUUUUAUGUAUACCUAUUGUGUUUGUACUGUAUUUUUUUUUUUAAAUUUUAUAUAAAAGUAUAAUAUACACAGUACAAACAUUGACAAAAUAAUAAAAUUACUUUUUUGUUACAGAA